CGUGCUGUACCAUGGAAGACACUGGACCCCUGCAAAGAAAGGACUAGUUCAACGGCAAAACAAAAUCAUCCCCGCUCGUGUACCUUGCAGGCUAUGACAACUCGACGAUUGGCUCCCCACUACGCCUAUGCAGCAUUGCUAUCUCUAUAGCGACGUCGGCGAGGAGCCGUGAACCAUGCGCCUGUGUCUGCGGUGCUACCCCGGGCUGAAACGCCAUGCUCAAUUCGUCGUACAAGACGCUCUCCUCUAAACAUCCUGGUCUCCUCCAUUUCCUCUCGACCACGCUCUUUUAUUCCUGCCCAUACGUUCGUUUCACCCGUGUACUUCUCAUCAGACAUUCACCCGUUUCAAGCAACUCCCCACGGCCUGGUCGACAACUCUGCAUGAAUUCGCGGAGGACACAGGACACCGGACAGCAUUAUCGUCACCUCACACAAUGGAUGUCAAUGCCAGCGCGGUCUCACCCUCCGGAACUCCUCUGCCCUGGCAAGUCCCCGACAGGGGGCCGCUCCAUCUUGCCAUCGUCGUCACGCUGGCCUUGACCGGGCUGUUGAUUUAUUCGCUAAGAGUCUUCACUCGUGGAAGGCUCGUUCGCUCGUUCGCCAUCGAUGAUGGGCUCAUGGUACUGGCCGCUCUAUGCACAAUAGGAAUCUUCAUCACAUUCACUGGAGUCGUAGAGCUUGGUAUCGGACAGCAGGAGGAUGGAUAUGUCUUACCGGUCAGCAAGACCGUUCAGAUGGGCCCAUGGAUGUGGGCGUUGAAUUCACUCGUCAUCUUAGGGCUGGGUGCUGUUAAGCUAUCGGCUACUUUUACUCUUCUACCUCUGGCUGACGCCGGGAGUCGUUCGUGCUUGCUGAUGGCACGCACUAUUCUUCUCAUCGGACUCAUGUUACUAGUAUUUUGGCACACGGUUGAGUGGUUCAUAUCACUCCUCGCUCAAUGUGUCCCUCUAGUAGCGGCCUGGGACCUUUCAGAUGCUAGGGCAUUGUGCAUGUCGCAGAGCGAGUCCAAGCACUGGGCUCUGGCGAACUACCCCAUCAAUGCUGCAUCAAGUCUGCUAUUGAUCUUGUUCACGAUCCCUAUCGCCGUGAGCUCUUCGUUGAAGCUCGGAUCUACCCUACAUCUUCUUGCGGUGGUAUCUUUGGGACUCUUUGCAUGCGCGGCAGCUAUCAUCAGAACCUGGAUGGUCGUCACGUCAUGGGCCGAGGUCGGCUAUCGUAACAACUUCGACUUGAACUUCACCACGUGGGGAAUUUGCGAGUUCCUGACCGCGAUGAUAGCUGUUAACCUUAGCACCUUGUUGCCUCUCGGUAGAGCAAUUCGCAGUCCCGCUGACGCUGCCCGUGACGCUCCACGUUCCGUUGGCAUCUCCGGCCCCGUAGCCGGUAGCACCGUUCACCUACUCCAUGGCGAUGUCGACGAGGUAGUUCCUAGCUACUCCGAGACUUACCCAGAGGAAACAAACCAUUCUUACAACUCCCGCUAUUCAGGUCAGACAGUCAUCUACAGGCCCGACACAGCCUAUUUCCCCUCCCACUUUCAACAAGGCAACCACAGCUUAUCGCGUUUCCACGACGACGAAUCAAAUCUCGACUUUGACAUUGAGGCUCCGUCGACACGGUCCAGCCCUCCUCGUAAGACAACGAAACUAGGGCCAUCGUCACGCUUCUCCGCGUCAACAGUCAGCACACACACACGUAGAGUGAGUGACUGGUCACAGCUCAGUGGAGACUCACACAAAGACUCUGAAGCCGAUUUUGAAAAAGAAAAGAGUGGAAGAGUCAGAGUGAGCGCAGUGGAACUUGAGGAGAUUGUGAAGAGCUUAGGCCUGAAGAGACACGGUAGUCAUGGGACUUGGGACAAGGAGCUAGGCUCAUCCGAGGAUAAGAGCGAAGAUGGAGGAAGCAGUGUUGCACCAACAAUAUACCUCGAAGACGACGACGUAGAGGUAGAUGGAGCUGAAGACAUAUGCACAUGCCCAGCGCCAAGGGCAAGGGAUGACGCGAGUAUGCAGGCUGAAGCAGACUCGAGCGAGGUCACUGUGAUACGCAUACGUGGCAGCGCGAAAUGCAGUCUCCAUAGACAAGAAGCUGGCGCUCGACCGGCUCAUUCGCGACUCAACUCUGGAGAGUGGAUCGCGCGCGCAUCGUGAGAAAUCUUCCCAUCACGGAUUUUCCUUUGUUAUCGACAGCGACUUUUUCCUUGAAGACCAUUUUGCGUCUCAAACCGCGGCGGUGCCGUUUUCGGCCGGAGUCAUAUACCAUCAUCAUCACCAUCUCUUUCUUACACACAUCAUUUUAUGUUC